AUGGAUCAAAAUAUUGGAGAAGAAUUUUUUUUGAAUAAAAAUAUGGAAGAUUUUAACAAAAUAAACAAUUUAAUUAGCAAAUUUUAUGAAGUUGUAAAACUAUAUCUAUCAGUAAAAGGGAGGUUAAAACUAGAAAGUAUAUCUGUGCAUAAUAAAUAUUUAAUUAAAACCCUUAAAAAUAUUAUUUGUAAUACAAUUAAUUUAUUAAAGGGUAAUAAAGAUGUAUUAAAUUGUGUAAAGAGAGUAAUUGAUAUGAGAAAUAAAUCAUAUAAUAAUGAAUUAAAAAGUGUUAAGUUUUAUAUUUCUGUAUCUACUAAAUGUAUGCAAUUUUUUAAAGAAUUAGAAAAAAGUAUAACAACAUGCAAAGAAUUAAUUAUUUUUAUAUCAAAUCAAUAUGAUAGAUUGAGAAGUGAAAAUGAAACUAAUGAUACAUAUGAUUUGUUUUAUAUAAAUAAUAAUAUUUUAGAGAAAUCUAAUAUUAUUAAUAAAAACUUUUUUACAAAAAAUGAUGCACUGUUAAAUUUAAAUGUGAAUACUUGCAUAAAUGUUGAAGGAUUUUCAAGUAUUAAAAACGGUUUAUUUAAUUAUAAAUUGUUUGUUAGGUUAUUAAGUAAGGUAACGAAUUUAGGAAAUUUUGGUAUGUCAAAAAAAAUUAAAAAACAUAAACCCCUUUUACUUCUGAAUAGAAAUUUAAAAUUUUGUACUUUAAAUAAAUAUUGCAAAAAAUAUGUAUCUCAUUCAUUAAUAAGCAAAAAAGAAGAAAAAAUUAAUCUUGUUUUAUUUAACAAUAAUAAUAAUAAUGUAUUCAAGAUGAAUAAAAACAAAGAAAUGAAUUCAUUUUAUUCUUUUAAUAAAAAAUGCAGUAAAGAACAAUCAUCUAGUGUGCAAAACCUAAAGAAAAAAAUUGUAAAUUCCUUACUUAAUGAAAAAUAUCAUAUUGAAAGUCUAUCAACUCCAAGUAAAACAAAAGGAAAAAAUGUGCUUUUCUCGUUAGCUGAUGUAAAAAAAAAUAACAAAAAAUCUUCAAAAAUAAGAAAAAUAAAAGAAAAAAAAGUAUCUCUCUCUACUAAUAAAAAUAAUAUUGGGGAAAUAUUAUCAAAUAUUGUUGAAGUUAAGGAAGAAAAUAUACUUUCUAUUGCUAAUGAAAAUGAUAGUGAUGAAAUGUUAUCAAUUGCAACUGAAGUUAAGGAAGAAAAUAUACUUUCUAUUGCUAAUGAAAAUGAUACUGAAGAAAUUUCAACAAAUUUGAAUGAAAUAAAGAAAGAAAAUAUACUUUCUAUUGCUAAUGAUAUUGACAAUGAAGAAAUAUUAUCAAAUGUAGAGGGAGUAAAAGAAGAUGUACUUCCUAUUACUAAUGAAAUUAAUAAAGAAAUUUCAUCAGAUAUUGUUGAAGUUAAGGAAGAAAAUAUACUUUCUAUUGCUAAUGAAAACGAUAAUGAUGAAAUAUUAUCAAGUGCAAAUGAAAUAAAGGAAGAAGAUAUGCUUUCAAGUUCUAAUGAAAAUGUUAAUGAAGAAAUAUUAUCAAGUGAAAAUGAAGCAAAAGAAGAUGUACUUUCUAUUGCUAAUGAAAACGAUAAUGAAGAAAUAUUAUCAAAUGCAACUGAAAUAAAGGAAGAAGAUAUACUUUCUAUUGCUAACGAAAUUGAUAAUGAUGAAUUAUUAUCAAAUAUUGUUGAAGUAAAGGAAGAAGAUAAAUUUUCUACUGCUAAUGAAAAUGAUAAUGAAGAAAUAUUAUCAAAUGCAACUGAAGUAAAGGAAAAAGAUACAUUUUCUACUGCUAAUGAAAAUGAUAAUGAAGAAAUAUUAUCAAAUAUUGUUGAAGUUAAGGAAGAAAAUAUACUUUCUAUUGCUAAUGAAAUUGAUAGUGAAGAAAUAUUAUCAAAUGUAGAUGAAGUAAAAGAAGAUGUACUUCCUAUUACUGAUGAAAUUAAUAAAGAAAUUUCAUCAGAUAUAAAUGAAACAAAGAAUGAAAAUGCAGUUUCAAUUGCUAAUGAAAAUGAUGCUGAAGAAGUAUUAUCAAAUAUUGUUGAAGUAAAGGAAGAAGAUACAUUUUCUACUGCUAAUGAAAAUGAUAGUGAAAAAAUUUCAACAAAUAUAAAUGAAGUAAAGCAAGAAGAUAUACUUUCAAUUUCUGAUGAAAUUCAUAAUGGAGAAAUUUCAACAGAUAUAUAUGAAAUAAAGGAAGAAGAUAUGCUUUCAAGUUCUAAUGAAAACGAUAAUGAAGCAGAAGAAGAUGUACUUUCUAUUGCUAAUGAAAACGAUAAUGAUGAAAUAUUAUCAAGUGCAAAUGAAAUAAAGGAAGAAGAUAUGCUUUCAAGUUCUAAUGAAAACGAUAAUGAAGCAGAAGAAGAUGUACUUUCUAUUGCUAAUGAAAACGAUAAUGAUGAAAUAUUAUCAAGUGCAAAUGAAAUAAAGGAAGAAGAUAUUCUUUCAAGUUCUAAUGAAAAUGUUAAUGAAGAAAUAUUAUCAAGUGAAAAUGAAGCAAAAGAAGAUGUACUUUCUAUUGCUAAUGAAAACGAUAAUGAAGAAAUAUUAUCAAAUGCAACUGAAAUAAAGGAAGAAGAUAUACUUUCUAUUGCUAAUGAAAUUGAUAAUUAUGAAUUAUUAUCAAAUAUUGUUGAAGUUAAGGAAGAAAAUAUACUUUCUAUUGCUAAUGAAAUUGAUAGUGAUGAAAUAUUAUCAAGUGCAAAUGAAGCAAAAGAAGAUGUAUCUUCUACAGUAAAUAAAAAAAAAAGACUAUUAAAUACAAAUAGAACAAAAAAAAAAGAUAUAAAAGAUCCAUUUACUAGUAAAAAAGUUAAUAAAGGCAGCUCAUUAAAAAAAAAUAGAACAAGAAUUAUAAAUUUACUAUCUAUUCUUUAUGAUGAGAAAAAUAACAAAGAUAAAUCACUUAAAUUAAAUAGAAAAAAGGUUAUAUGCAUGCUAUCUUUUCUUUCUAGUAAAAAAAUUAAUGAAGAUAAAUAUUUAAAAACAAAUAAAGGAAAAAUUAUUAGAUUGCUUUAUUCACUUUACAAUAAGAAUAUUAUUAAAGAUAAAUUAUUGGAAAAGAAUAGAAAAAAAGUUAUAAGCUUACUUUUUAUACUUUAUAAUAAGAAAAGUAGCAAAAAUAAAUCAUUAAAAACAAAUAGAAGAAAAAUUACAGAUUUACUAUCUUUACUUUACAGUAAGAAAAGUAACAACGACAAAUCAUUAAAAACAAAUAGAAGAAAAAUUAUAGACUUAUUAUCUUUACUUUAUAGUGAGAAAAGUAACAAAAAUAAAUCCUUAACAAAAAGAAAAAAAAAUAUAAUAAAAGUUCCUUCCUCAAAUAACAGUAAGAAAAAUAAUAAACAAAAAACAGAAAAGGUAAAUAAAAAAAAUAUUAAAAAUUUACUUUCUUUAUUAUGUAAUAAGAAAAACAAUAAAAAAAAACCAGUAAAAAUAAGUAGAAAAAAACUUGAAAAAUAUGUCUCUUCAUUUCUUUCUGGGAAAGGUAAUAACAGAAAACAAUUAGAUAUAAAAGGAAAACAACUUCAAGAUAUUUUUUUUUCACUUAAUGGUGAGAAAAUUAAUAAAAAAAAAUCAUUAAAAGCAAAUAAAAAAAAAGUUAUAAUAGAUUCAUCUUCUUCAACAAAUAGUGAAAAAGAUACUAUAGAUAAAUUAUUAAAAACAAAUAAAAAAAAAGUCAUAAUAGAUUCUUCUGCUUCAACAAAUGGUGAAAAAGACACUAGAGAUAAAUCAUUAAAAACAAAUAAAAGUGAAGUUAUGGUAGAUUCAUUUUCAACAUAUAAUGAGAAUAAAAGUGUAAAAAAAUCCUUAAAAGCAAAUAGAAGAAAUAUUAUAAACGCUCUUUCUUUAAUUGAUAGUGAUAAAGAUCAUAAAGAAAAGUCAUUAAAUGCUAAUAGAAGAAAUAUCAUAAAUGCUCUUUCUUUGAUUGACAGUGAUAAGGAUCAUAAAGAGAAAUCAUUUAAAGCUACUAAAAGUGUUAUUGAUGAUCUUUCAUUAAUUGAUAGUAAGAAAAGUAACAAAGAAAAAUUAUUAGAAAUAAGUAAUGAAGAUGAAAUGAAUAUUAUUACUUUAAUGAAUGAAGAAAAAACAUUAAAAUUAAACAAGAAAAAAGAAAUUAACAUAUUUCCCCCAUCUUUCAGUAAAACAAAUAAUGGAGAAAAAUCAUUAAAAAAUAAAAAAAAUGAAAUUAAUAUGAUUUCUAUGAUAGCUAAUAAUAAAAAUUCUUCAAAAACAAAUAAAGUAAAAGAAAUAUGUGAUGUAUUUUUUUCUAUUAUAAAUGAGAAAAACGGUAAAGAAGCAAAAGCAAAAAAGAACAAUAAAAGUAAUAAGACAAAAAGUAAAACUAUAAAGAAAGAGUCUUUAAGUUCAAACAAGAAAAAAAACAAAAAAAUGAAAUCAAAAUUUGCUAACAAAGAAAAAAAUAAGGUACAUAAUAAGGCAUAUUUAAAAAUGAAUGAAGGAAAAGAAGCAUGUGUUCUUUCAUCAAGUAGUGAUGAAGAAAAUGAUGAUGAAAUUUCCUUAAAAAAUAAAAAAAAAAAAAAAGUAAUAAAAAAUAAAAAUAAUGCAAAAGAAACAUCAUCAAAAAGUAUUAGCAAAAAAAAAAAAAAAAAAAAUAAAAUAGCAGAUGAAUCUUCAAUUUUCUGUGAAAAACGCAAGGAAAAAUCUAAGAUUAAAUCAAAUGUAAUAAAAGAAGAUUUAGAUAUAAAAGUAGAAAAUACAGAAAAUAAUUUACCAGCAGAAGAUGAAGAAAAAGAAAAAAAUUCAGAAAAAAAUAUCAAUUUAGAAGAAGAGAUUAAUUUAGAAGAAGAGAAUAAAUUAGAAAAAAAUGACAAUUUAAAAGAAGUAAUUAAUUUAGAAAAAGAGAAUAAAUUAGAAAAAAAUGGCAAUUUAGAAGAAGAGAUUAAUUUAGAAAAAAAUAACAAUUUAGAAGAGGAAAUUAAUUUAGAAAAAAAUAACAAUUUAGAAGAGGAAAUUAAUUUAGAUAAAAAUAACAAUUUAGAAGAGGAAAUUAAUUUAGAUAAAAAUAACAAUUUAGAAGAGGAAAUUAUCUUAGAAGCAAAUGAUAAUUUAAAAGAUAAUGGUGUAAAUGAAUGGGACAGUAGUUUAAUUAGUGAGAUUAGUUCAUGCAAAGAGGAUAAUUCUUCAUAUGAGGAAAACGUAAAUUUAUAUAUGAGUGAUUUGGAAUAUAAUAGCAAGCAUCAAAAACGAAUUAUGAUUAUUUAUAAUGAAGAUUAUGCAGAUGAUAUAAAUGAUUUACAAUAUGCAGAAAAUUAUAUGUUUCCUAAUACUGGUGAAAUGCCAGAAAAUAUUAUGCUUAAUGAAUAUAAAGCAGAAUUAUAUAAAAAUCCUAUAAAAUCCUCAAAAAUAAAGCAUUUAAAACGUAUUGAUGAAAUGUGUAAAGCUAAAUGGGAAUAUAUAAUGAAAACAUUAAAAUAUAUGAAGGAUGUUAUAAAAAGUUUUACUGAUAAUUGCAAGAGAGAAUAUAAAAUAUCUGAAAAGGUAUCCAAAUAUCAUUAUUACAGUAAGAGAAUUAAGAGUUUAUUCCCAGAAUAUAGUUUUUCAACAUGUAAACAAAUAUUUGAUUCUUUCGAAAAAUACUGUAAAAAUCCUAUUAUUGAAUUGGCGAGGGAUGAUUAUAUAAAAACAUAUUGCCAAGAAUAUAACUGUGAAAAAAAAGAAAUAUCAGAUAUGUUAAAAGGAGACAUUCAUUUAAUUACAAAUUUUAUAUACAAUAGAAUAGAUAUAAUUCAAUCAUCUGAUAUGGAAGAAGAUAUUCUUGAAUAUAAGAAAAAAUUUCAUUCAAAACAUGGAAUUACGGAAUACUAUGAUGAUGAUCAUCCUUAUAUAUAUCAGUUGUUUAAAAUAAAUAAAGCUUUUAAUCUUCUAAGAGAAAAAGUAGAAUCAUGUUUUUAUAUUAUAAAGUAUUAUGAUUAUGAAAUGGAUAAAACUCUUAGAACCUUUUCAAGUCAACUAUGUUAUUCUUAUAGAAGUAUUCAUUAUUGGUUUUAUAAAUUAAGAAGAGUAUGCAUGGGUGUAGAGGAUGAUUGGGAAUUACCAUCAGAAUUAGAAUAUGAUAAAAUUGAAUCAAAAUCUGAGGAAAAGAAAAUAGAUAUUGAAGAUACUACACUAAUACAUGUUUUAUUAACAUAUAAAGAACGCCUCGAAGAAGGUACACUAUGUCCCCAUGAUGAAGAAGACGAAACAUCCCCUGAAUCUCUUUUCAAUGUUUAUUUAUAUGUAACAAUGUUGUAUUCUCAAGUUUGUGAUGCAUUAAUUAAUAAAAAUAUUGAAAUUACAAUAAUGGAUGACAUAUUUAGAGUUAUAUGUUUAAAAAAUUAUGGAAUAACUCCUGAUGAUGAUAUGAUUGAAGAUUUUAAUUUGAGGAUAAAAAAAAAAUAUCCAUUUAUGUCAUCAGAACAACCAAAAACUUUCAACAUAUUAGUUCAAGAUAAUGUAAAUAAUAAAAAUAUAGUAUCACAACAACCAUUCCAUGAAAAUAACCAGAUUAAUAAUGAAUUUGAAUUACAGGAAGUAUCAACAACUAUAAAUAACGACGAAACAGAAGAGUGUAAAUUUCCAACCUACGAAAGUGAUUAUAAAAAUAAUGAACAAAAUUAUGAAUUCCCACCUAACACAAACUAUUAUGAAAAUAAUGAACAAAAUAAUGAAUUCCCACCUAACACAAACUAUUAUGAAAAUAAUGAACAAAUUCCUCAACAUCCAGUUUAUGGAAAUGAUGAAAAAUUUUCAGAUAAUAAGUUCGCAAUUCAUGAAGAUUGUCAGAACGAUAUAGAAGCUCAACAAUUUUCAAAUUACCGAAAUGAUGAAAGAAUUCCAAAUAAUAGAGAAUAUUCAGAUUACAGAAAUUAUCAGAACUCCCCAGAUGCCCAACGAUUUUCAAAUUACGAAGAUGAUGAAAGGAUUCCAAAUAAUAGAGAGUAUUCAAAUUCCAAAAAUUAUCAAGAUUCCCCAUAUGCCCAACGAUUUUCAAAUUACGAAGAUGAUGAAAGGAUUCCAAAUAAUAGAGAGUAUUCAAAUUCCAAAAAUUAUGAAGAUUCCCCCGAUGCCCAACGAUUUUCAAAUUACGAAGAUAAAAAGAUUCCAUAUAAUAGAGAGUAUUCAGAUUCCAAAAAUUAUCAGGACUCCCAAGAUUCCCAACGAUUUUCAAAUUACGAAGAUAAAAAGAUUCCAAAUAAUAGAGAGUAUUCAAAUUCCAAAAAUUAUGAAGAUUCCCCCGAUGCCCAACGAUUUUCAAAUUACGAAGAUAAAAAGAUUCCAUAUAAUAGAGAGUAUUCAGAUUCCAAAAAUUAUAAGGACUCCCAAGAUUCCCAACGAUUUUCAAAUUACGAAGAUAAAAAGAUUCCAAAUAAUAGAGAGUAUUCAGAUUCCAAAAAUUAUAAGGACUCCCCCGAUGCCCAACGAUUUUCAAAUUACGAAGAUAAAAAGAUUCCAAAUAAUAGAGAGUAUUCAGAUUCCAAAAAUUAUAAGGACUCCCCCGAUGCCCAACGUUUUUCAAAUUACAAAGAUGAUGAAAAAAUUCCAAAUAAUAAAGAGGAUUUAGAUUCCAAAAAUUAUAAGGACUCCCCCGAUGCCCAACGAUUUUCAAAUUACGAAGAUAAAAAGAUUCCAAAUAAUAGAGAGUAUUCAGAUUCCAAAAAUUAUAAGGACUCACCCGAUGCCCAACGUUUUUCAAAUUACAAAGAUGAUGAAAAAAUUCCAAAUAAUAAAGAGGAUUCAUAUUCCAAAAAUUAUAAGGACUCCCCAGAUGCCCAACGUUUUUCAAAUUACAAAGAUGAUGAAAAAAUUCCAAAUAAUAAAGAGGAUUUAGAUUCCAAAAAUUAUAAGGACUCCCCAGAUGCCCAACGUUUUUCAAAUUACAAAGAUGAUGAAAAAAUUCCAAAUAAUAAAGAGGAUUUAGAUUCCAAAAAUUAUAAGGACUCCCCAGAUGCCCAACGUUUUUCAAAUUACAAAGAUGAUGAAAAAAUUCCAAAUAAUAAAGAGGAUUCAGAUUCCAAAAAUUAUAAGGACUCCCCAGAUGCCCAACGUUUUUCAAAUUACAAAGAUGAUGAAAAAAUUCCAAAUAAUAAAGAGGAUUUAGAUUCCAAAAAUUAUAAGGACUCCCCAGAUGCCCAACGUUUUUCAAAUUACAAAGAUGAUGAAAAAAUUCCAAAUAAUAAAGAGGAUUUAGAUUCCAAAAAUUAUAAGGACUCACCCGAUGCCCAACGUUUUUCAAAUUACAAAGAUGAUGAAAAAAUUCCAAAUAAUAAAGAGGAUUUAGAUUCCAAAAAAAAUCAGGAUUCCCCAGAUGCCCAACGAUUUUCAACAUAUGAAAAUGAUCAGAACUCUUUAGAAUCUCAUGAAUCUUCAACAUAUGAAAAUGAUGAGAACUCUUUAGAAUCUCAAGAAUUUUCAACAUAUGAAAAUGAUCAGAAAUAUAUAGAAGAAAAUGAGGAACUUCAAUUUUGUGGAAAUGAUGAUAUGUAUAUCUCAGAAACAGCAAAAUUUUCAAGUAUUGAAAAAAAUGAUGAAGAUGAUAAAAAAGAAGAAUUAAAAAUAGUAUAUCAUGAAAAUAAUAAAAAUGAAAAACAAAAAGAACAAGAACAAUCAGUCGGCGAAAUAACAGAAUAUUCAGAACAAUCAAAUUAUGAGGAUAGCGAUGAUGGAAAAUUAGAAGAAUUAGAACAGUCAGAUGAAGAAAAUAAUGAUAAUGAUAAAAUAGAAUUAGAAAUGUCAAGUGAUGAAAAUAAUAAUGAUCAAGACCCAUAUGAAUUAGAACAGUCAAAUUAUAAAAAUGAUGAUGAUGAAAAACUGGAUGAAUUAGAACAAUCAGAUCAUGAAAACAGCAAUACUGAAAAAGUAGAAGAAAUGCAAAAGUCAAAUUGUGACAAUAAUAAUGAUAAGAAAUUAAAAACAUCACAUUUGUUAAUCAAUGAUGAUUCUACCACUUUAAAGAAAUUGAAUAAUAAUAAAUUCAACAAUACAUUAAAAAGAAGCGCUAAUAAUAGCAUCUGCAAUUCAAACAAAAGAAAAAAAAAAUUAGACGAAGAAAACAAGCAAUCAUUAUUUUGUGAUUUUACGUUUAGUGAAAAAUCUGUUAAGAAAGGAAAAUGUGAUAAUAUAUCAGAUAUUAAAGGACAAAAUAAAGAUGAAAAGACACUUAUAUAUACUAAUAAAGAAAAUAGUAAAGAAUGUACUAAAAAAAAUAUAUUAAGUGAUAAAGGAUUUUUAGUAAAAAAGAGAAAAAAAACUAAUAGUUGCUUAGAUAACAAAAAUUUUAAAAUGAGAAAAUUUAUAGGUUCUAAUGACAAAUUAGAAACAAUGAAUAAUGAUAUCAAAAGAGUAAAAGGUGAUAGCUUUAUCAGUGGUAUCCAAAAAGAUGAAGUUGUAAUAUCAAAUAACAAAAAUAUAUUAGAUAGAAAAAAAGUAAAAAAUCUUUCUAAUUUUAAUAAAGUAAUACUAAUUAAUAAUAAAAAGUUAAGUAACUUUAAUCUAAGCAAGGAUAGAAAAUUUAUUAGAAAUAAAUACCAUCAGAUAAAAAGCAGAAUUGUUAAGAGAGAAACUGAAACGAGGACAAUUAAAUCGAAAGUGCUUAAUUCAAUAAUUAAAAAAAGUGUUAAAAAUACAAGAUCUAUUUCUAAAAAAAACAAAAUUCUUUUUAAUAAGAAAAGGUUAAAUAACUAUAAUUUGAGCAUGAACAGAAUGCUUAGUAAAAGUAAACAUCAAAUAAAAAAAAAUACGGAUAAUAAAUCAGAAGAUAUUACACCAAUAGUUCAUAAUGAAGAAAAGCUUUUGAAUAGUAUGGAAAAUACAAAUACUUGCAAUUUAAAAAAGGUACCUCUCAAAUCGUGUCUAGUUAAAACAAAAACAAAAAAAACAGUAGUGAAAAGAGUUACCUUCGCAUUGGAUACAUAA